AUGAAAAUUUAUGCUAUCAUCGCCAAUGCCCAGGGCAAUAAUUUCAUUAUUCCAACAAAGUACAUAUUUAAGUUGGAUUCCAAAAAUAAAACCGUACAUAUUGAUCACAACGCUUUAAACUCGGAUAAGUUGUGUCUCAGAAGUAGCACAUACAAUUACGACAACAUUAAAAUUAUUGAUACAGACGAUGAUCGAAUAAGAUUGCGGCAAAAGUAUGAAGGCAAAAAGCGGAUUGUGAUGGCAAAAGCAUCACUCAGCAGUCCACAAAAUUCGACACUGAUUGAAAGUAAAAAGACCAAUAAGAAAGGGAAUGCACAGCGAAAAACACCGUCUUCAACAGUUCAAAAAUCAUCGGAAUAUUACCGCGUCAUGCUGUCUCCAAAUAACAAUGAAAAUAAUGAAAUAGACCGAAAUGAUGCAGGCUUCAAUCUUGAUAAUGAAAAUGGUAAAGAAUCCAAAGAUGGGAGCGAAUUUGAAUGCUUUGAAAGUGAUGAUGAAGUGGAAAAAAUAGAUGAUCGUGAUCCUUUGAUGACUUAA